AUGAUUCUUUCCUCUCAACUUGUUCUUUUCUUUCAGUUACACUCUGAGAUUUCAAAAUCAAUUUCUUCCUCGACUCGAUUUGACUUGAUUGGCGAAAGCGUCUCUUCGCAGCCCGCCCUCAUGUCGUACAUGAUUGUCACGUUGGCAUCUUCGAUAACGCAGUCAAAUCCGUGCACAGCGUCACCUAAUGUCAAAUCGCCAAUCGAUCAAUGGCUGUGGAUUGUCAGUGCUGAGAACUGUUUUCAGCCCUUUUUAUCUCCCUACGUAUUUAUUUUAAUUUAUUCAAUUUAUCUCAUUCAUAUUGUCUUUCUCCCUACGUAUUUAUUUUCAUUCAUUUUAUCUCACCCAGUUCAUAUUUUUAUUUCAGCCCUUUUAUCUCCCUACGUAUUUAUUUUAAUUUAUUCAUAUUUAUCUCACCCAGUUCAUAUGUCUUUCAGCCCUUUUAUCUCCCUACGUAUUUAUUUUAAUUUAUUCAUAUUUAUCUCACCCAGUUCAUAUCUGUCUUUCAGCCCUUUUCUCUCCCUACGUAUUUAUUUUAAUUUAUUCAUAUUAAUCUCACCCAGUUCAUAUCUGUCUUUCAGCCCUUUUAUCUCCCUACGUAUUUAUUUUAAUUUAUUCAUAUUUAUCUCACCCAGUUCAUAUCUGUCUUUCAGCCCUUUUAUCUCCCUACGGACGGCAGAUAUAAGCUAUCUAUGUGGCUCUUUCUCUGUCUCACACACACACAUAUUUAUCAGUAUGUUUUCCUCUGUGUUUAUGGUUUUUCCUUACGGCAAGAUCAAACCGCAUGCACAUUAA